AUCAUAAUCAUUUGGUAAUGGGCUUCGAUAGAGCGUCAGACGAAACUUGGACCACACUUUUGUUUUCAGCAUAAAAAUCUUGAGUUGAUAAGCCGCCUAUUACAAUCAAAAUCGUUUUCUUUAUUCAUCCAUUUCGGAGGCAAAUGAAUGUUUGAGACGAAUCUUUUGUGAUGAUCCUCCACAUUCCUCCAUUGAAAAUCAAUUUGUGCAUAGACAUCACAGCCGUCAACAAUCAUCCACAGACAGUCUGCAAAAUAUAUCAGCCACAGUCUGCAAUAAUAGAAUGUGGAACCAAAACCACGAUGACGACAAAUCGACUGUUAACAACGGGCAAUCAGGCGAUGAUGACCAAGAUGCAGGCGAGCUCUCCAACCCUGCUUUCGAAAUGACAUCGAUGUCGACUUCACCUGGAGGACCGUCAUUACUUCCAAGACUGUUGAAUGCCUCGGAUGAUGACGAAAGAUCAGUGUCGACUCUGAUGUCGGCGUCUAACAAAGUACGGUUCAGCAAGCAUGGUCUUCAGCUUGAACCAGUCGAAGACGAGAGCGUCUGCGAAAAGAGUUCGACAUCGUCGAACGACAUGAAUGAGCUCAGUAGCUUUCAUGAGAAGCCACGGAAAGUCGCUUUCGAUUUGGAUACUGAUGGCCAAGGGAAAACACCUCACGAUCACGAAGACGAGUUGGUUAUCGAACCUGAUCAUGCCAAUUUCGUCAAUAGCAAAUUGUCGUUUCUUGACACCGAGGUGGAGAAGGAUGAGGAGAGGAAUGUAAAGAAUGGGUUCCUUGGAAAUGUUAAGGCGAAGUUCCCGAAGAAGAAGAGGAGGAAUAAGCUUGGACGGGUGACGUCACCGAUACUCAUGUCCAACUUGGUCGAUGCUGUAAGAAGGGGUGACAUGGAGAAUAUGAAGAACCUCUUGACUGAAAACAGUUCAUUUAAUCUGAAUAAACUGGAUAAAAGUAACCUAGCCCUCCUUCACUAUGCUUCGAUUCAAGAUAAAGAUUUCAUCGCCAGAGAACUUCUACGACGAGGUGCAGACGUCGACGUUCUCAACCUCGACAUCAAAGCCACGCCCCUUCACGCUGCUGCACGGAUGAACAGCGUCAACGUCGCCCACGUCCUUCUCGCACGGUGUGCCGACGUCGAUCGAAAGACCUCGACUGGUCUAACACCGCUUCAUAUCAGUGCUCGACGAGGACAUGAAGAGAUCACGAAAAUCUUGUUAACACUAGGGAGGGCUGAUGUACAUGCCAGAGACGCGGAAAAUGCCACAGCUCUUCAUGCAGGUGCGAUGAGCGGGAAUGAAGCCGUAUGUAAACUAUUGGUCCAACAUGGAGCCGAUAUCAGAGCGAAGGACGUAAAUAGUAUGACGCCACUAAUGAAAGCUGUUGUGAGUGGACAUGUCGCUUUGGUAGAUAUGUUCCUUGAGAGAGCGCACCAAAUUGGUCUUAGUAUCGAAGCAUACAUCAACGAUGAAGACCUAGAUGGCAAUACGUGCCUUCAUCUCGCUGUCUCCAAGCGACGAUCAGAGGUUAUUCAGCGUUUAUUUGGCUAUCGGAUGAGCCCAAAUCUCGUCAAGAAGAACGGCAUGGGCCCCCUUCACAUAGCAGCGAUCAACGGAUCGACUGGUGUAGCUUUACAUUUGAUUCAGAACGGGGCUGAAAUCGACAUGAAAGAUGACGAAGGCAUGACACCUCUUCAUCGGGCAACGUUUUACAACCAAGUGGAGACCAUGGCUCUGUUGGUCCACGAAGGUGCAAUGAUCAAUGAAAUUGAUAACAUUGGUUUUACACCACUUCUCUGCGCUGCCUGUAAGGGCCAUACUCCAGCCGGGGAAUUGCUGCUUUCACGAGGAGCUGAUAUCUUCGCGUUUGACAUGCACCGCAAGUCUCCCUUACACUGGGCCGCCGAGAUGGACCAUCUGGGCUUCGUCGAGUUCUUGCUCAAAAAUGGCGGUUAUCGGCUGCUAGAAAUUACAGACAUCUACGAGCAGACGGCUCUACAUUACGCAGCAGAGGCGGGAAAUGUCGAGAUGAUCAAAAAGUUGAUCCAGUAUGAGGUCAAGGGUGAAGUGAGAGACAUGACAGAGAAAACACCGGUCCAUAUCGCUGCUCGAGCCGGUUAUUUAUCUUGUGUUGAGGAGCUACUCCACCAGACACCAUUGCUCUUAAAUGACGAAGACCAGGAUGGAAUGACUCCGUUACUUAUAGCCUGUUACCAUGGACACAGGGAUCUUGUCAAAAAACUUCUUAAGAUCGGGGCAGACAUUACGAGCGUAAAUGACGAUCAUAGGACGGCCUUAAUGUUAGCAUCAAUGAAUAACCACGUGGAAACUAUGAGUAUACUGAUCGAACAUAACUGCGAUAUACACGCCUUGGACAAAUAUAAGAAUUCCGCUCUUCACCUGAGCGUAGAUGGUGGCCACAUCGGUCCAGCCAACCUUCUAAUCCGAGCCGGAGCUGACCAAUCAGCAUCUAACAACGAAGGUUUCACUCCCCUAGAGCUGGCCAUUGACGGUGACCAUGGAGAGAUUGCUGCUGCUAUUAUCAAAAGUAGAGACUGGAGAAUCGCGAUGCAGAGUAAGGACGAAUUGAUGAUCUCGCCCAUGAAGGCGCUGAUCGAAAAGCUUCCCGACGUCGCCCUCCUCGUCAUGGACCGAUGCGUCCAUAAGACAUACACGGAACAACAUGUUACAUCUUAUGACGUAAAGUAUGAAUACCAAUACAUCGACCCUGGACCAGACGAUGAAUCGACAAGAGCUAAUGGAUAUCGAUACUUCGCAGUUAGGACGAUGUGUCAGUACGGACGGGAAAAACUGCUAGCUCAUGAAUUAUCUCAGAGUGUUUUGAAGAGGAAAUGGAAUCGGUUUGCAAGGGUCUUUUUCUACAUCGAUCUGCUAUUCUAUGUGGCAUUUACAGCGUGCUUAACAACACACAUUACCCUAGCAACCGUGCCACCGGAUGAAGCAUAUUGGGAUGACGUUAACUAUGCGUUGUUGAAAUGUCCGUCCUAUAACCUGUCACUAAAUCCUGCACUAAAGGACACUUUCUUUAACGGAGCUGGGUCCAAUUCUCUAUGGUACGUUAACCCCGCACCGUUCUAUACUGGAUACGCCAUUCUAGUCUACUGCAUUUCAAUGAUUGUUGGAGAACUUGCUGAAAUGUAUACUCUUCGUUUAAUGUACUUCACGGAGAUGGCUAAUCUGGUAGACUGGGCCACACUAUCAACCGCCAUUUGGUUUGUUUUACCUCCGGGUCGUGCCCCAUGUUUUCAUAAUUGGAAUGCUGGUAUCGUCGCCAUUUUCCUGUCUUGGAUGAAGCUUAUUAUGUAUUUAAGAAGUUUCAAGACCUUCGGGCUUUACGUUCUAAUGUUCAUUGAAACCCUCAAAUCUUUGGUGAAGGCUAUGACGGUUUUCAUCAUGUUCGUCAUUGCAUUUACCUUCACAUUUAGAAUGCUCUUCAGUACACAGUACCGAUUUUCCACCACGGAUCUGGCAUUUAUGAGUACGAUGACGAUGAUGCUGGGCGAGAUGAAUAAAGACGACAUCUUCAAUGAGGAAAACGACCUGACACCAUACGCAGUGACGUCAUACUUUUGCUUUCUAGUCUUCAUCUUCUUGAUGCCCAUGGUUCUCAACAACCUCACGAUUGGUAUUGCUGUUGGAGAUAUUGAAGGCAUCAGAAAGAAGGCAUUCAUCAAAAGAAAUUCUGUUCAGGCUGAUUACGUCUAUCAUCUUGAGAACAAGUGUCCGCUUUGGCUUCAGAGAUUUCUGUAUCAAUCAGAAUAUAUCAUCAGAGUUCAGAAGGAACGGUAUCGGAACAAAUUUACAUCAAUGUUCUUUCCACGUGAAGACGAGGCACUCAUUGAACUGGAUGACAAGUCAGAACCAAGAAAUGCCGAACACGUGCUGGAAGAAUUACAGAGACAAAAGUUUACGUUGGCAUCGCUGAAAUUAAUGGUGAGACAACAAGGUGAUAUCCUUCAAAGGCUUGCUGAUAAAGAGGGAGUAGCAUCUAAAGUCCAAGAUAUAAAAGGUCUUACCGAGUUAUUCGAUGAACAGCCUACCGAAGAAACAGACCAGACGGAUCCAAGCUCUUCGAUAGCUUAGCUCUACUUCGCAGCAAGGGAGGGGCCGCGGAACCGCCCCGCCCCCACUAAAAAAAAAACUGUGUACAAAAAUAUACUAUCUAAUUUUGAUUUUUUUUUUGGCACUACCCCCUUCGGCUCACCUACUCCCCUACUUACAAAAUAGUUCCAUGGCCCCUGAAUGGAGUGUUUCAUAUAGCAUCUUGCGAGAUUUUCUCUGGCUAGUUUGCUCCGUGGAUUUUAACGAACAGGGUGAAUGGUGACUCCACACUCCAUUUAAAUAUCUUUGCUUUAUAAAACACCCAUGGCAGUCCACGGCAUUUGUGCAUUUUUAAACUUUUGGUUUUUUUUAAGUUUGCAAUAAAAAGUGUCUUGUAAUAAUAAUAAUAAUAAUAACCAGCAUUAUUUUAAUACCAGGAGUAGUCACUCUCAGAUGUAAGCUGUUCUUCCAGCGAGCCCUGCACGUAAUAUAAUGUGUUGUUUUUUUACCCUUCUUCAUUCUCAUAUGUCGAGUGCCUGACAAGAAGGCAGAAAUUCCGAUUUUUAAAGUCUUUGGUUUGACUCGGGUGCCCGGGGGCCACUUACAUUGACGAGUGGAUACCAUGCGCGACCAAAAAAACACGUAAAAAGGAUGUCUUU